AUGUCCGCAGCAAUUACCUCGUUGACACCCUCGCAGGUGAACGAUGAGCUCAACAAGAUGCAGGCUUUCAUCAAGAAAGAGGCGGAAGAAAAAUUCAAGGAAAUCAAAUUGAAGGCUGACCAAGAGUACGAAAUCGAAAAAACCGGACUGGUCCGUAAUGAGAUCAGUAACAUCGAUUCGGCCAUGGAAGGCAAGACCAAGAAGGCUGCGUUGAAACAGCAGAUCACCAGAUCGACCAUUGCCAACAAAAUGCGUCUCAAGGUGCUCUCCACCAGAGAACAGUUGCUGGACGACAUUUUCGAGACUGCCAAGGCGGAGCUCAACAAGAUCUCCAAAAAGGAGAAAUCCUACAAGCCCAUCUUGAAAGCCGUGAUCUUGGAGUCUUUGUACCGUUUGCUGGAGGCUCAAGCCGUGCUCAAAGUGCGGGAGCAGGACAAAAAAUUGGUCGAGGCCUUGAAAAGCGAAGUCUCCAAGGAGUACUCCGAAAAGACCGGCAGAGAGAUCGAGUUGUCCAUCUCUUCCGACUACUUGAACAAGGACGCCGCUGGUGGUGUCAUUGCCUCCGACCACACUGGCAAAAUUGUGGUCGACAACACCCUUGAGGAGAGAUUGACUAUUCUCAACCAGGAGGCCCUUCCAGCAAUCAGACUCGAAUUGUUCGGUAUUUCCGAAACGAGAAAGUUCUUUGACUGA